GACUCGAUUCGAAUUUAUUCUUGCACAUUCGCAUAUAUAAAGACGACACGACAUGCUUCGGGAGAGAUUGAUACCAUGAAGGGCAGGAGGCUUUUUGAAAUGACAAAAAAAUUAAUGAUCAUCAGCGGAAUGUGGAGAUCUAAAUUGAUGGAAGGUUCGCAUUUAACGAAGACAUUGUACCUAGCUUAUUCCAUACUUGUGCAAUUCCUCUAUGCCACUCAUUUGCUUUCCUACAUAAUCAACUUUUACCUUUUGUAUUCCGAAAAUUUCGAUGACACAAUCGAAAACAUAUCGAAGAUGUUGUACGUGAUGCUGAUAUUGGUAAAAGUGAUCUUGUGUCAGAGUCGUGGGCUAAUGGAGCUGGUAGAGAUUGCCGGUAGCGAGGAAGUCAGUUUGGAAAACUCAGGAGAUGUCUCGAUGCGAAUGAUAUACGGAUACCAUCGGAAACAGUUCUACAAGAUUAUGUACACCAUCGUUUCGUACACUGUGACUUUGUUUUUUAAAUUGAGCAUACUAGGAAUCCAAAACAGCUACCGAUCGAACAAACUUUACAAGCACGUGAACGAAACAGUCGGAAAACCUCUUCCCCUAUCGAUGUGGUUCCCUUUCGAUGAGAACAGAUACCACUAUUUGGCGCUCACCUAUCAAGUGGUGCAGCUCUUCUGGACCGCUUUAUUUACCGUAACCGUGUAUGCUGUGUCCAAUUCGUUGGCCAUAUUUCUAAGAGCCAAACUGAAAAUUUUUCAGCACCAACUCAGGAAUUUAAACUCGAAUCCACCCGACGAUGAGAACGAAUUGAAAAUGCUGUGUCUCGAACAUAAAGCGAUCAUCAGUUGGAGUGGGCGCCUGAAUUCUUCAUUUAGUUGGUUGAUUUUGCUGGAAUAUAGCCUUACUUCGCUAAUGCUGGCCACGGUACUUGUCCAAAUUCACGAGGGAAAUGAUGAGAUAUUCCAUAUGGUAUACUUUUUUCUAAUAUUUUGCCAGCUCUUGAACAUUUGCUGGAAUGCCAACGAAAUUAAAUGCGAGAGUUUAGAAUUAGCAGGGGCUUUAUACGAAAGCCGGUGGUAUGAUCUCAACCAAAGGGUUAAAAACCUUUUGAAAUUUAUGAUGUUAAAGUGCCAAUCACCUUUGGGAGUCAACGUCGGCCCUUUUGGAAUUUUGACGACUGACGACGCAAAUUCUAGGCUUAAAUUGGCGUAUUCAUUUCUUUCGAUCAUGACAGGACGUAGUUGAAGAUGGACUUUGCUUGCUCGUAUAUUAUUACAACAAUAUGUAAAUGUUUCAUUCAAAUGUUUUAUGACUCGUUUCAAAAAAAUUCUACGGG